AUGAAGAUUUCUACCCAUGAGCUCCACAUUUUCGCAUUCUACAAGUUCUACACGUUCUACAGUCAACCAGGCCGACAAUCUGUCAACAUGAGCUCCAUCGGAAUCAUCUGGACCUACCCUUUCAACCCCCGGGCUAUGAAGAUUGAGGCCGCAGCAGCCCUCAAUGGACGGACGGUCGACUAUGUUCCGAACUUCGUCAUCGGGCAAACGAACAAAACCCCCGAGUUCCUCGCCGAUUUUCCCAUGGGCAGGAUUCCGACGUUUCGGUCUGCAAGUGGCCUCACGCUUUUCGAGUCGGACGCCAUCGCCCAGUACGCCGCCGAAAGCGGCCCCGCCAGUGCCCAGUUGCUGGGUGUCACUGCGGAGCAGCGCGCCGUCAUUCGACAGUGGAUCGGGUUCGCCGACCACGAGCUGUUUGAGCCCCUCACCACCUUGAUUCUCUGGCGCUACGGAAUGGCUCCAUUCAACGAAGAGGCGGAGAAGUCCGCGUUCCAGAGACUCAGCGUCUCCCUCGAGGUUCUGGAGGAGCAGCUGCAGAGUCGUCAGUACAUCUGUUCGGAGCGGUUGAGUCUGGCGGAUAUCUCUGUUGCCGCGGGCCUAUACUGGGGUUUUGCCCAGGUCAUCGAUCGGGAACUCAGGGCCAAGUACAGUCAAACUACGGAGUGGUAUCUGCGAGUGAUUCAAGAUGGACGUAUCAGGUCUGCCUUUGGCGAGAAGAACUUCAUCGAAGUCAGGAAAAUUAGUCCCAGACAGUAG